GUGGAUGACGAGUCGAGUCACUCAAGUGUGUCUUCGGUUCACCUCACACUUGGGCUUCUCAGGGAGGAGGGGCUGGAGCCGUGGCCCACCGUCAGCACCAUGAUCCUCAGGCUGCUCCUGGCUCUCAAUUUCUUCCCCUCCAUUCAAGUAGCAGAAAACAAGAUUUUGGUGAAGCAGUCGCCCAUGCUUGUGGUAAACGACAAUGAGGUCAAUCUCAGCUGCAAGUACACGUACAACCUCUUCUCAAAGGAGUUCCGGGCAUCCCUUUAUAAGGGAGCAGAUAGCGCUGUGGAGGUCUGUGCUGUGAAUGGAAACCACUCCCAUCCACUUCAGUCAACAAAUAAGGAAUUCAACUGCACCGUGAAAGUAGGCAAUGAAACAGUGACUUUCUACCUCCAGGAUCUGUAUGUCAACCAAACAGAUAUUUAUUUCUGCAAACUUGAGGUUCUUUAUCCUCCUCCUUACAUAGACAAUGAGAAGAGUAAUGGCACCAUUAUCCAUGUGAAAGAGAAACAUCUUUGUCCAUCUCCCCAGUCUCCUGAGUCUUCUAAGCCAUUUUGGGCCUUGGUGGUGGUAAACGGAGUGCUAGUUUUCUAUAGCUUGCUAGUAACAGUGGCUCUUUCUAACUGCUGGAUGAAGAGUAAGAGAAACAGGAUGCAUCAGAGCGACUACAUGAACAUGACCCCCCGCAGGCCAGGGCCCACCCGAAGGCACUACCAGCCCUAUGCGCCAACACGAGACUUUGCGGCCUACCGCUCCUGACACGGACGCCUAUCCAGAUGCAAGCCGGCUGGCCCCUCUUCACCUGCUCAACACCACUGCUCUGGAUAGGAAAGGCCUGCCUUGUCUUCAGCCAGCCACCGUGGCCUCCUGUUAGGCCACUGAUGCCAAAUUUUCUUGAAUGGCUAAACCGAAGAACGUCAUUUUGAGACUCUGAGAUGAAGUGAAGGAAGACUACUGUGGCAGUCUCUAUCUCCUAGUGCCACAGUCCAAAUUCAAACUCACCGUGUAUUUAUUGACUGGAUUGAGAGGUUAGGGUAGAAAACCAAAAGUGAGUGCAUUCUGUUAAGCCUUGAAAUCUGCCUCCAGUUCCACUCCUUUCUAACUCACCCACACGUUGUGGUCAAGCGAAGUGUGAUAUUGAAAGACAUUUUAGAUGGAGAAGAAGUUAGGAAAUCACUCCCUUUGAAAAAAUGGGGAUUUAAGGUGGGGAUAGGUUAGAAAUGGGGAGGGAGUGGUGAGACGUAAACAUUUUUAAAACCAUUAAAACACUGUCUCUCACUCAUGAAAUGAGCCACUUAGUUCCUAUUUAAUGCUGUUUUAGUUUGUAAAGAUGUAGAUACUCUUUUUGAAUUCUGGUCCUAUUUGGUCAUUUUGACCAAGAGAUUUUCUUCAGAGUCAUGGGAGGCAAACCAACUUGCUUUCCUUACUCCCUAUGAUGGGAACUCAAUGUAGUCUUCACAAUAUGAUUUUGAAAGAAUAAAGUAGUCCUCCCACACCAAGGAAGAAUGUGUCAGGAAAUAAGGUCGCUUUAGGUCAAAAAUUAUUUGAAUAUGAUGAAGGGCUAUUUAUUCAGCCGCUCAUUUCAGUCCAAUCAUACAGGGGCCUCUUCUGUUUCAUGUAUUUUAGAUCUGCACAGUUGGUUUCUUUAUUGUUUGCAUGAAAUCUAAGGUGGGAUGCAGAGGGCGUGUCCAGAGAGAGAAGUAAAGAUAUUGUGAAAGAAGGAUGUUAGCGUCCAUUAGAACAGGAGGGAUGAGUCCUGAGAAACCUCUGAAGGAGGGAGAACAGAAGGGAAUGACACAAUUCUUGCCAUGUGCUGAAGGGAUGGCCAGCAUUUGGUGGGAGUUUUCCAGAAACAACACGCAGAAAGAGCCAUGAUGAGAGCUCCUUUCUGGGAUUUUUUGGCUUUAGGGCUCAGAGCUCCAGAAAUCUGUGGUUCGGCUGCCUGUUUACCCUGGAGAUCCUUCAACAUGGAAAAAUAUUUGAUGCUUUUGAGAUAGCAUCAAAGUUCUCAAGACACUCUGCAAGGCCAGACCCUGGACACACUAUGGAUAUUUUUCUGGUUCCAGUUUGGGUCAACUGGAGUAUGUCUGGGGACCUUGAAGAACAGCUUUACUGUUGCCGUUAUAAUUUGUUCAGUGCUUUGAUUCAUUCAGAUGUUGGAGAAGUCCAGGUUUUAGAGGCAGGUAGACCUGGUUCACGGAGAAGGCAGUGGCUACCCACUCCAGUAUUCUUGCCUGGAAAAUCCCAUGGAUGGAGGAGCCUGGCAGUCCAUGGGGUCACACAGAGUUGGACACGACUGAAGCGACUUAGCAGCAGCAGCAGACCUGGUUCAAGUUCUAUUGCUAGUUGGCCUCAGGAGAGUCCCUGCCUUUCUAAAACUCUGAUUCCCCAACUAUAAAAUGAAGAUAAUGAUCAAAAAAGUUUGUUUUUAUACUAUCAUUUCCAUGAGGGCAUGUCCCAAGUUUGUCUUUUUUUUUCCUGCUUGUCCCUGACACGUAGUACCAUGCCUGACAUAUGUUAGCUAUUAUUAUUAUUGUCGUGUAGAUAACCUAUGUAUAAAAAUUAAGCCGGGCAAUGACCUGAGAAAGAAGAGACUGUUAUAACACAAAUUUAAACCCACUACCCAGGGAUGAGGUGCUACAAAAUUUGAGAGCCUCUAAACUCCCUCGCAUUCCCUCUUUCAAAAUACUUUAGCUUGUAAUAAAAAUGUACAGCGUUCUGCCUCCCACUUUUAUGUAUAUAAA